CAACGCUCAUCUCUAAUGCAUUUGUGUAUGCAAUAGAGACGUUCGUAGGCUAAGUAAAAAGUGUAUUUACAAUUGUUCAAUUCGUGCAUUAUCGAAAUGGAGAACUUGAUUUUGCGGCGAGGGACGAGUGCUAGCAGUAAUUUCAAUAAUAUGACCGAUGAGCAGCUACAGGAAUGGCAUACAGCGGUGCUAAGCGAGGCUCAGCGUGAGAAUUAUGUGAAUCACAAUCUGGAAAUUGUGCGACAUUAUCGCACCGAGGCGAUCUCUCGAGCGCCCGCCUUCGACAUCGAACGCAAUGCCAUAGACGCUGCCAUUGCUCGCCACGGCCUGUAUGCGUCCAAUGCCAGCGCCAGCGAGAGCAGCGCCUGCCCAGAGCCAGUGGCUGGAGCACAAGAGGAAGUGCAGCCGCCACCCCUGCGCCGUCCACGCAUGGAGCAACCAGAGCAGCAGCAGCAACAGCAGAAGUUGGAGCAGCAGCAGAAGUCAGAGCAGCAACAGAAGUCAGAGCGGCAGCAGCAGCAGCAGGCUAGCCAUAGCAGCUCAGCUCCAGCUACAGCUGGCAGCUAUGGCCAUUAUGUGGCACUGGCUCACAUAUUCUCCGAUACAUUUGCUGGAGGUGGCAACGGGGUAACGGGCGCAGCCAAUGGCACUGCCAAUGGCAACACCAACACAACAACCAACAACAACAACAACAAUGAGCCCGAGGUUGCCGAAAUAAAUGAUUUGGCGAUAGCCAAGACCAUUGAUAGCCUGGGCUUGCGCCGCACCUAAUGAGGCGAAAGUACACUUAAUUAUAUAUUUAAGUAUCAUAUAUGUAUUUAUAUAGAUAUAUAUAUAUAUACGUAUUGAAACAAGUUGUUAAAUGAGAUCAGAAUGUGCAAGAUAUUGUUUAGAUCGUCUAAUGUAUAUUGUAUUUAUUUGUAGCGUUAUUCAUAAAACACUUUCCGAAUCGAAAAACGAAGAACGUAUCUGCUAUAUUAUAUAUAUAUAUAUAUAUAUAUAUUUAUAAAUAUAUAUAUAUAUAUAUAUAUAUAUAUAAUAUAAUAUAAUGUAAAUAAUAUCAGUUGACUUUUGUAUAUAGUGCAUUUAACUUAUAGUUGUUUAGCAUUUAAGCGUAGUGUACUUAAUUAAUCGCAAUUUAUGUAUGCUAGUGUACAUAUACAAGUAUAUAUAUAUAUAUUUAUAUGUAUAUAUAUAUUUGUAUAUAUAUCAAAUAUCUCAUCCGCGUUAGAACAAAUUAUAUAAGCAAAAUAGAAAAAAAAAAAAAAAAAAAAAAGUGACAACAAUGUCCUUUUCUAUAGAUAAAACAGUUUAACGUACUAACAAUAAUAACAAUCAUAGCAAAACUAGAAAGUUUCUCUAGAAACGUUUUUAAUUUACAACUUAAAAAAGGAACAAAUGUUAUUUGAUAUAUCCAUAUACAUAUAGAUAGUUUGCUCACAUCAAUCAAUCAA